AUGGUGGUCUGGGUUCAGUUCCCGGCACUCUCGGUACAUUUCUAUCACAAAGAGGUCCUUUUUUCUCUAGGGAACAUGAUUGGAAGAGCGAUUAAACUAGAUUACCACACACAGCAUCAACAACGGGCCAAGUUCGCUAGGUUGGCAAUAGAGCUUGACCUGUCCAGGCCCCUGGUGACACGAAUUCGACUGGAUGAUCAAUGGCAGUAUAUUGAAUACGAGAAUUUACCGACAGUAUGCUUUGAGUGUGGGCGUGUUGGGCAUACGUCGCCCCCCUGCCCUAGCCUGAACCAGAAACCGGCGGAGGUGCAAUCGGCGACGAAUCUGGAGGAAAAGGAAGGUUUUGGUCCUUGGAUGCAAGUUACUCGGCGUUCACGGCGUGGAAAUCGGAACUCUGAUAAAGGAAGCUCCCGCCAGAAUCAAGGAGAACAGGUCACUAAUGGAAAGAACGGAAAAGGAAGGAGCAACCCUAAGGAUAUGGAAAUUACAACGGGAAGCAAAGGGCCAGCAAAGGAAAGUUCCUCUCAACGGGAGGAUUUGGAUAAGCAGACAGUGUCUGAGAAAGUGAGGAACACAGCGGCAAGGAAAUCGCGAGGAAAGGAGAAAGAGGGGUCUGAGGUAGUUGAGAUGAACACAGGGGGGAAGGGGGUUCUUGGCCCAAUCCCUCACACGAAGCCCGUGGCUAAAAAUGGGCCCACUGGAGAGGAGAAGCAGGUUAGGCGAAAGAAAGAGGCGGAACCGGGUAGGAAGGGAGCGGCCCCGUCGGUUAGUGACCCUUUAAUUGAAACCAAUAAAGAUAAACCCUCUACAUCCAGACCUCCGAAAGUUCUUGUGGGCUUGGGCCCAAACGGGACCUCUAUUCUGAUAGUGAAGGUUCAUCAAUAUGACAUGACAAAGGCCCAAGAAACUGUCUCGGAUACCCCCUCGACGGCGACCCGAACGAAGAACCAGCAACUUCGGAAGAAGAAAAAAUCAACCUCUCCGCAGAAAUCCCAGGUGCCGGUAGCUGCUAAGGCGCUCCAGAUAUGGUCUCCGAUAAAGGAAAAGAAGAAUAAGACGAGGACUCGUUUGGCUUCGCUCACUUUACAAGAAAUAGCGGCUUGGACGGGAGCAGCGAAGUCAUCUUCGACGGCGAGUGCGGACACACAGGAGGCGGCGAUUAAAGCUUCAGGCGGAUCAAUCGACCCUGCUGGACCGGCCAAGACGGAGCCAAGCACGCGGGAGAUGCACAGCGAGACUUCACAGGGAGAAAGCAUGGUGGCCGAGGCCCCAGCGAUGCCUUAA